UUUCACGUGAGAUUUUGUGGUUUAAAAUGUCACCGGGCAAUUAUUUAACAACGUAUACGUAAAAUCCACGGAAUUUAAGAAGAGCAUUGGCAAUGACGCGUCAAGCGGCCUUAUUCUGCAUUUUGCUCUUACGGCUGUAUGCAGUCACGUUCGUUACCUCGUAUGCAGACUCCAUCCACAAGUGGGGAGGAAAGAGUGAAGGCGCUUCUAAAAAAGACCAAACCGACCCUGUAGUGUUGGCAGACGAAAACGAUGCACAGUCACAGUUAUUUGGCGGUAUUCAAGCGGACUCUUUGGGCGAGAACAGCCAAGCGACAUUCAACACAAACGCUGAGAAAGAGGCUGUUAUGCACGAGUUGGAUGAUGGAGGACCUGUGUUCAAUCACGAUGCAAGCUCGCCAAACACAGCAAAAGAAGAAAUUGGUAAAAAUGACAUGAGCCAGUACGAAAGUGAAGAUAUAAAUUUAGUUGGAAACGCCCGUCAUAAAAAUGUCAAAUCGAAACCAGUUCGUUUGCCGUCUUUGGUUGAAGAAGGAAAGAUUGACACCUUUAUCGCAAAACCGAAAUCAACUGAUGAAAACGAGUCAUUAAAAAUCGUUAAACCUGCCGACCACAAGGAGAAUAUGUCUUCAAAAACCACAGUAUCACCUCUGAACAAAGAAAAAGUUCAAAUUGAUUCAUCAGAACCCACAGUUGUGGAUGCGAAGUCCAAAAAUUCAGACCAUCGUUCGUUGAAGGCCCAGAGCACAAAGCAUCGUUCUUUCGCAAGCAGUGUCGGAGCCUCAAAUCUUUUUGAUUUGCCCGAUCUGAAUAUUGACGAUGACGACGAUAUCCUCCCGAAGAGCUCAAAAUUACUUCUUGGAGAAUCCGACGACAGUUCAGCGGAAAAGCUACGAAAAUCUGGCGAACGCUUAACGAUGUUUUACGAUCGUGACUCCAGGAAGAAAAAGCAAUCUGUGGCGCGUAAAAUAGCGGGCAGACAUGGGGACACGGGAGCAAGUUCGGCUUCAGUGAAUGUGAAAGGAGGUCAGAUAGUAGGUGGGCAAAUCUCCGGGGGGAAUAUAUUCGGUGGGGAUAUUGAAGGUGGGCUCAUCUCCGGAGGUACAAUUAAAGGUGGCAUUGUCAAAGGUGGGCGAAUGUCCCAAGGUCUUAUAGACGGGGGAUUGUUCCUAGAUGGUGAUAUGGCCGGGGGUUUUCUCCAUAAUGGCACGGUCAAAGGUGGUGUGAUACGAGGCGGAAAUAUUACCGGGGGUACAGUCACAGGUGGGGAGAUAUUAGGUGGGCACGUGUCAUCUGGGUUUGUAUCAGGGGGUGUGCUUAAGGCUGGGGGCGUGGAGGGAGGAAUGUUGAAGGGGGGAACGAUUGAUGGAGGGAUUCUCAAAGGUGGAGUUAUGGAAAGAGGUAAACUUCUUGGGGGGAUAGUUUGGAACGGUAGAGUAACCGGUGGGACCAUUCUUGGAGGGGAGGUUCUUGGUGGUGAGGUGGGUGAGGGGGUGGUUAUCCGUGGGGGUAAAAUCAACGGAACCGUAACUGUGGGACGCAAGAUGGUGUCGAGUUCUGGUGGAAGGCUGGGUUCGCUUGACCCAUUGCGACAUGGGAACACACUUCAUGGAGUCAAACCACAGAAUCAAGCAAGCCUGCAAUUCAAAUACCACCCGCAUAAAUUGUUGCCCGUUCUAAACGCUGCCCGACCUUAUAGGCCGCCAUCAAGCCAGUAUUCGAUCGAAGGGGAUGUUGGAGGUCGAGUGAAUUCGCGACCGAUUUUAGCCCAAAGUAUCCCCAGAGGUCGCCCAAAUGGCGUCUCAUCCGGGAACAUUGCGAACGAUGCUGUCGUCAUCAACAGGAAAAACACUCCGAAUGUUAUCCUCCUAUCAAAUAUCUCGAGAAACGGUGAACAAAUAAAACGAAAUUACCGACCCAAUGAUUUCUUCAACCGUCAGCCCUAUUCAAAUCCCAAUUACCAGGCAAUUAACAGUCCGGCUUACGCAAACCCAAAUUAUGGUUUCCCGGCAACAAGCACGUCAGCAGCACAGUACCAGGCUCCUAACUCGGUGCCAAACCCAUCGGCUGCGAGUGUUCCACAGGCACCCCCUCAGAAUGGUAUAAAUAUUAACCAGUUCGUGAAGCAAGUCUCAAAUGGUGCCGGGGGAGUGCAGAGAUCUCGUACCGUGGAAGAGAAGAAAGAUGUUAAGCCGACCUAUCAUUGGAUAUUGAAUGAAAUUAGGAACGGAGAAGUUGCUGGAACCCCCCAUGGCAGAAAAUUCGUUGCGAAGGGAGGAAUACGUCUCAAUCGUGCCUCGAUUGGUUUUGAUGGUACAGCGACAUAUAUGGACGGCGGUAGUUAUGCAGGAACAUGCGUGAGCGAUCCCGAACUUUGCUCGCGCGGUCUCUCAGUUGAAAUGACAAUCAAAGUUGAUCCUGCGGCAACCAUGUAUCGUUCCCCCCGGUACAUACUUGACAGUGGUGCAUCUUCGUUCAACUCCAGGGGGGUGGCGCUAUAUACGAUGGACAAUAAACUUAGAGCGGACGUGGCUAUCAAGGAUAAAGCUUACUGUCUAGUUGUCCCGCUGGUGACUGACAAAUGGCAAGAUGUGGUCUUGACGUAUCAUAAAGAUGGAGAGCUGAACAUGUACAUCAAUUGCAAGCUGGUAGCAACGACCGAGAACGAUGACCAGUGCAUUAGUUGCCAUACGUCUGGAUGCCACAACAGUGACACUAAUACGAAGCUAUUGCUGGGCAGAGCAAACGGAAACCCGCAAAGUAACUUUGCCCGCUUCAAGGCCGGAGAUUUAUCCAUCUAUGAUAAAUAUUUAAAUCCUCAAGACAUUGACAGAAUAUGUGGCUUUUCAAAACCACAGAAGUCGAGUCCUGAGACUGGGAAUUAUAUGCCGGCAAGUCCCAGUUGGAACUCACCGCCCGUUACCUCAUAUCCUAAUACGCAAGCUGGCUUUCUCAAAAGCGGCAUAUCUGGCUCGCUGAAAACACCACAAACCGCAAUGAAUGCUGCCAAAAAAGCUCAGACCACCUCAAAUGCUCCGUACUUUUCCCCAUGGGGCGGUUGGACAGCGUGUUCUGUCUCCUGUGGACUGGGUACCCAAACAAGACAGCGGUCGUGCAUUUAUACGCACGCGCAAAGCGGCUGGCAAACCUGUCAUGGCGUUACAUUUCAGACUAAAAAAUGCUCCUCGAACUGCCCAGGACCGCGGCAGAGUGUUUCUGGUGAUGCCCAGACCGCAAUUCGCAAAGACACUCGGCCUCAAUCAAAGUUGAACAACGCAAAGUCAACAACCAGCAAACCUGCGGUCAGCGCUGCCAAAACAAACAACGUGAAACUAGGAACUACCAAAGACGUGGAUGGCGCUAGAAGAGAUAGGAUUUCUAAAAUCAUAUCAAAAUUGGGCAACCUUCUAGGAAAACUGGAUCAGUGACCCCGGAUCAUAUGGGUCAGCUAUCGUUAUCACAUGGAGAAGAUGUAUCUCUGAUCUGCAUACGUUUUCAAGACGACGAUUGUUAAGUAUACCAGCCAAACUUUAGAAAAACUGUAUGUUUUGGACAUAUGGUACAUGUUGUCGACAAGCGGUUUUUUACAGCCUUGCUUUUGCAUAUAGUAAGGCUCGGGUUAUCGCAG